AAGGAAAGGUAGGUUUGUGUUUUUUCUCUCUCUCUCUCUCUUACCUAAAUUAUAUGUAUUACUAUUACUACUUUUGGGGUUGCAUAGUUUCUUCUUUCUUUUGAUUCCUAUGCCCUUUUUUAUUUUUAACCUUCUUUUCCUUUUUUAGACUAAACCCUUUAUUCUUAUCUCUUCUCUUGUUCAUUUUCGCUGCAAAUAAGUUUCCUUUUGAAGUUGCUUUUCUUGCUGCAAAUUUAGAAGAUGGUGAGAGGGAAGACGCAAAUGAAGCGUAUAGAGAACCCAACAAGCAGACAAGUAACAUUUUCAAAGAGAAGAAAUGGUUUGAUGAAGAAAGCUUUUGAAUUAUCAAUUUUGUGUGAUGCUGAGGUUGCUCUUAUUGUUUUUUCAUCAAGAGGAAGACUCUAUGAAUAUUCUAGCUCAAGCAUUCAAGAAACAAUUGAGCGAUACCGCAAUCAUACAAGGAUCCAUAAUACUCAAACAACAUGUGAAUCUGCUGAAAAUACUCAGCAUUUGAAGGAAGAAGCAGAAAACAUGAUGAAAAAGAUUGAUCUUCUCGAGACUUCAAUACAAAAACUCUUAGGAGAAGGUUUAGGGAGUUGCUCCAUUGAAGAAUUACAAAAGAUAGAACAUCAUUUGGAGAGGAGUAUAACCAAAAUUCGAGCAAAAAAGACUCAGGUUUUCAGGGAACAAAUUCACCAGCUAAAAGAAAAGGAAAAAACCCUAGUUGCUGAAAAUGGCAUGCUCUCUGAGAAGUUUGUGCAGUAUGGUAACUAUUCAUCAAAGGCAGAAAAAAACAAUGCAAAAGAAAAUAUAGGUAAAGCUUAUGCAGAUGAAACUAGUCCAAGUUCAGAUGUGGAGACUGAGUUAUUCAUUGGUCUUCCAGAAACAAGAACAAGAAGAAUUUCUCCAAACUUGACAACUAAUUAAUCUCUUUGAUCUGGAUAUGUUUUCUUAGUUAUGUUAUCAUUAUGAUUGAUAAUAGUGGUGAAUUUUGAGAGAAGUGAUUUGUUUUGGACCCCUUCCUGUGUCUUAAAUUAUGUCAUUUUCUUUUGCCAA